GUACUUUUCUCAAUUCUAUAACAUGUCAAACCAGUCGAUUGUUUACUAUGAUGAAGGAUGGGCUUAUAUGCAAAAGGGCAUUAAGAAGCUUCUACAAGGCUUGCCCAACCCUCACUUCACUUCUGAAGAUUCUUCAAUGUUAUAUACGAAUGUCUACAAUAUGUGCACUCAAAAUGGUCCUCAUGACUAUUCCAAUGAACUGUAUGAAAAAUACAAGGAAACAUUUAAAGAUUACAUCAAAUCAACUGUUCUGCCAUCUUUGCGAGAAAAGAAAGAUGAACUCUUGUUAAGAGAUUUGCUCAAAAGAUGGUCAAAUCAUAAAAUGAUGAUCAAGUACCUCUCGUGUUUUUUUGGUUAUCUUGAUAUAUAUUUUACCCAAAAACGGAGUCGUUCUUCUCUUGAAAAAGUUGGCUACUUAUCCUUCUAUUCCUUGGUUGGUGAUGAGAUUCUUUUGAAAUGUUACACUACAAUUUUUCACUUUUCCUAA